CGUGAACGCAGCAUAGCUGGACGCGGCGGAGAGGAGAAAAGAAAAGGGCAACGAAGCAGCCCGGAUAAUUCAGCCUCGCAGUCUUGGCGCCAAUCCGACUUCAGAGGGAAAUUAAACGGCUCGGUUUUCACUCACGUUGGAAUCAAAUUCGCAGCCGGUUGCUGCUUCUUUCAAAGCCUUCGGUCGUCUGCUGUAGCCAGCCAGCUAGCUUUGUUAGCACACUAUCCAUCAUUGUCAUAUUCAUCUGGCCCCCUUAUUUCUGCCUGUAGUCACGAUACUAAUAACUCAGCAAAGCACCGGGACAAUAGAGGUGUGUUUCUCCAGGGGGAUCGAGCAGAUACGGCAGCAAAAUGGGGAGGAAGUCCAACAGAGCAAAGGAGAAGAAAGCGAGACGUCUGGAGGAGAGGGCAGCUAUGGACGCCGUAUGCGCCAAAGUAGAUGCAGCCAAUAAGCUCGAGGACCCCCUGGCCGCCUUCCCAGCCUUCAAAAAAUACGACAGAAAUGGGCUGAACCUGCAGAUAGAGUGCAAGAGAGUGACCGCGCUUAACCCGCUGUCUGUGGAGUGGGCUUUCGAACUCACAAGAGCCAACAUGCAGACGCUGUACGAGCAGAGUGAGUGGGGAUGGAAGGAGAGGGAAAAGAGGGAGGAGAUGAAUGACGAGAGGGCUUGGUACCUGCUGGCUCGCGACGCCGACUCCUCCCCCGUGGCCUUCUCCCACUUCCGGUUCGACAUAGAGUGCGGGGAGGAGGUUUUAUAUUGCUAUGAGGUGCAGUUAGAGAGCAGAGUGCGGAGGAAAGGGCUUGGCAAGUUUCUCAUCCAGAUACUCCAGCUCAUCGCUAACAGUACACAGAUGAAGAAGGUGAUGUUGACAGUUUUUAAACAGAACAAAGGGGCCUACCAGUUCUUCAGAGAAGCUUUACAGUUUGAGAUCGAUGAGACCUCACCGAGCAUGUCCGGUUGCUGCGGCGACGACUGUUCUUACGAGAUCCUGAGCAGGCGGACCAAGCACGGCGAGGCCUCGGCGGGACACACCCACGGGGGCGGACACUGCGGGGGCUGCUGCCACUGAUCGGCUUCGGUUACGCCACGCGAUUGGUUAAAAGCCAGCAACUUUAACCGGCUGCGUGCGAAAGCUUCAGCUGCCUGCUAGCCCACGAGUGGUUUUGAAUUAUGGAGGCCGACAGGUGGGAAAACCCACCUGCGCAUUAAAAGCCGGCAUCUCGAUGCAGCGUGCAGUGUGAGCUUUCGCACGCAGCCUUUUCUAUGUUUUUGUUUUGUUUGUUUAAUUUGUUUUCCAGCCCCUCGGCUCAUUGUCCAAAUCAUCUCUUCCCAUUCUCAUAACGCUGUUAUUACCAGAACUGGUUUCCAGUCAAGAAAAAGCUGACGGUCUCCAUCACGGAGACCGAUCCUAUCCCAUGCAGCUCUCAUCAUCUCUGUGUUGCUAUACUGUAUUGGAUCUGCUUCUUAAACUGUGGUUCGAGACCUAAAGUUGACUCUUGGCCUCGAGCUGUAUUGAAGAAACUCCCCACUUGUGGUCUCUCAAGUGUAAAACGGGAUUAGUUGAGUCUUGAAAUCACAACUAAAACCAUCCAAAAUAAGCAGAUAAAAAUAACUCAGAGUUAGUCAGUUUCUACAAUCCAGCUCGGGGUUUUUCUGGGGCCUUUGCACUGAGACGACUUGCUUGUUUCACUGCACCGGGGUCCUCGGAUCGGGCUUCAUGUGAGAGCCCAAGUUUAGGUCCUGGUUAAACCAGCACGAGAAGCGCCGUUGCACUGUAAUAUUAUCUGUUCUGACUCUAGUUGUAAGUUAUUCUGUAACAGAAGACACUGCAGCUAGCAGCAGCUGGCACGUGAUACUGCUGUUACAUGAUUACAAUACACCAUCGGCACCACCCGCCUCCUCGAUUCAGGUAAAUGUAUCGAUGUCUCCCUCGCUUUUAAUGCUUACAGCUUAUCAAAUGAGAUUUCCAAGAUUGCCUUUUUCUUUCGAGUCUCUCAGUAAAAUACGUUUAAAAAAAUGUUUUCUCAACAUCAUCAGUUGCUGUAAAUCUGCAUCCGACUAAGUAAAUAUUCCCAGUUUGUCCCCACCUGUGUCAUAUCGCCUCAUUAGAGAUGCAUGCUGUAACUGGAUGCUUUUUCAGCUUCACAGAAGACAUCUUUAGUUGUGAAAAUUCAUCAUUUGACCUUUCGGCCUCCUUUUUUUUUUUGAGUUUUUCCUGCUUCUUGACCUGCACCCACGGCUGCCACACAGUUCUCAUUUUUACUGAGCUUUCGGAUUUUCGUAGUACACCCGUUUCCCUCUUUGCUUUUUAGUUUCUGACGACAAAUCUGACGCUACUAGGCCUGUUUAAAAACAACUAAGUCCAUCCUCCAUUGCACUUCUUGCAUAUCUUGUGGAUUUAAGGUGGAGUAGCAUCAACAGAGGUCACCGUUUGAUCAUAUAGCUGCUUGAAAACGACACGUGAAUGGAUGCAGAUGAGGGUAACGGCAGCGCACUUGAGGGAGCUUCUUUUUUUUUUUUUGCUUUUUAAAUUGUUUGAGUUCUUCCACAGUCUUAACUUAUUUUCCUGGCCCCCUCCUGUAAAAUUAGGUAUUUUUGGGGGUGGGGGUGGGUGGAGUAAAUCUAGUCUUAAAUUAGGAUUACGGACUAGUGGCUUCUAAAAGGUUUAGGUCCACUGCGAGAAGCAGCAUCUAAAAUUCUCAUGUUGGUCUAGAAUAAUCUUAAUUCCCCGCCUGUUCACAAAGCCUUUGAUGUGUUUUUGGAUUAAAUUGCUGUUUUUAAAAAAAAAA